GUCAGCUGCAUUUCCUUCAUUAUUUAUUACUAAUUCAUUGUCUAAUUUAAAUAACUAAUUAUACAAAUAGCUUUGGAAAGAAAUGUAUAUUUAGAUCAUUUAUAUUUGUCUACAAACAUAAUUUCAAGCAUAUGAGCAUAAGCCUUUAGAUACUUUUUUUUUUCUCUCUCAUGUAAUUUAUGUAGUAUGUGCCAAAUACUUUUUUUUAGUUGAACAUUUGCAUUAGGUAUAUGACACUGGUGGAUCUGAGUGUCUACUAAUCCAAAAUCUCAUCCUGUGUUUAUAUCAGACGUUACGUCUCGAUCGCUGAUUGGUCUAUAUGAUCCCCUCCUUAGCAACGCGCCUUUGUGGGGUGGUAUGGCACGUGGUUACUAAGCAAUGUCCCUUUAACAGUGUAUCAUAAAGUUUGCAGCUAUGCAAGAACUCGCACUCUACGCGAUCAUAUGUGACAUUCAACUGAUGGAAUAUAUCAUGUUUUUCAGUCUCUCUCCGUUCGAAGAGAUUUAGAGGAUUUGCUGUCUAUAACCUACUCGACAUGAAAGAGAUUACAGGACACGCAAGUGGUUUAUAACAGGACUGUGAUUACUUCUCCGCCAGAUAUAACGGAUUUACCUUUGAAGUACAUUUAUUUUACGAUUACGUAAAAUUAUUUGGAACGAAUUGAAACUCCCAUGAAUAAAAUGGGAGAUGACAAUGAGCUGCUUGGUGCUUAUGAGUUAAUCAAAGAUCGUCUGUAUUUUGCUACUCUCAGAAGCAAACCCAAGAGCACAGCAAACACACAUUUCUUCUGUACGGAUGAUGAAUUUAUUUAUGAAAAUUUUUAUGCAGAUUUUGGACCCCUUAAUCUAGCAAUGCUGUACAGAUACUGCUGUAAACUGAACAAAAAACUAAAGUCUUUGACUCUGUCCAGAAAGCGUAUCAUCCACUACACCAGUUAUGACCAACGAAAGAGAGCCAAUGCAGCCGUCCUCAUCGGUGCUUAUGCAGUAAUCUAUUUAAAGAAAACCCCAGAGGAGGUUUACCGGGCCAUGAUCUCUGGAACAAAUGUGUCAUACCUGCCUUUCAGAGAUGCUGCAUUUGGGAACUGCACAUAUAAUCUAACCAUUUUAGACUGUUUACAAGGAAUCCGCAAGGCCCUGCAGCAUGGUUUCUUUGACUUUGAGAAUUUUGAUGUCGAAGAAUAUGAACAUUAUGAGCGUGUGGAAAACGGUGACUUUAACUGGAUUGUGCCAGGAAAACUUUUGGCCUUCAGUGGACCUCAUCCCAAAAGCAAAAUAGAGAACGGUUAUCCUCUCCACGCCCCUGAAGCAUAUUUCCCCUACUUCCGCCAGCACAAUGUCACAGACGUGGUGCGACUGAACAAGAAAAUCUAUGAAGGUCAGCGCUUCACAGAUGCUGGGUUUGAACAUCACGACUUGUUCUUCAUAGACGGCACCACACCAAGUGAUUUGAUCACAAGGCGCUUUCUGCACAUCUGUGAGAGUGCAAAGGGUGCUGUAGCUGUCCACUGCAAGGCUGGCCUUGGUAGGACAGGUACUCUGAUAGGCUGCUACUUGAUGAAGCACUAUCGUUUCACAGCGCCUGAGGCCAUUGCCUGGAUACGAAUCUGCAGGCCUGGCUCCAUCAUUGGACCUCAACAGCACUUUCUUGAACAGAAGCAGCACAGUAUCUGGGUGCAGGGUGACCUCCAUCGUUCAAAGCUGAAGCAACAGCAGCUGAGGGAAAGCCGACAGCAGGAGAGAGACAUUUCCCAUCUCAUCUCCAACAUGGACGACAUAUCCAUCGACAGCUCAAUCCUAAAGACACAGAGUGUGGAUGAGACUGACUACAGAAAAGAGGACAUGAUUCCAACUCAAGGCGACAAACUACUAGCCUUAAAGGGCCAACGCCACCCCAGAUCUACCACCACAACACUCAGUGGGAUAAGCCCAGUUCCAGGCACCAUUUCCCCUCUUCGAGCUUCCAAAUCUCCUUUCUUCAUCUCCUCCUCUCCUGCUCCACGGAGACUAACACGCAGCCCUUCCUCUCCUGCUGACAACCUUAAAAGCUUCAAUCCCCGUUUAGCCCACUCCCUCGGCAACCUCUACGAUGACAACAACUUCCAUGACAAUGAAAGCGGCACACAACCUUCCUCCUUUACUCCCUCCUCGCCUUCUGCCAUAACCCAAUGCCCCCCUGCACCUCCAUCUGGCUUUAGCUUUGGCUACCCCACCACUGACCCCCGACUGCCUCCUUCCCACUUAAACUACAAUCAAGAGGCCAACACCAACCUCAACAGCCCUACUGGAGCUAACACCAUAAAUACUACCCGCACAGUCAGACCUAUGAAAAGAACGGGCUACAGUCCGUUCUCCAGGAGCAGGCCAAGCCCUCGUAGAGGUCCAGUGUGUGCUGGACUCAGUGGGUUUCCAGGACGCUACCUCAGUAGAUCCAUUCCAUCCCUUCAGUCUGAAUACGCUCAGUACUAAGGCUGUGGUUAUACACUGAUGGUGAUCACAACUGGAUUAUUGACCAUGGAUGGAUCCUUUCUAAAUCUCUCUACAAAGCUGCUGAAAUAUAAUCACAUACUCGACUCAAAGUGUUCAUUAAUGAUUAUAUGAAGUGUUAUAAUUGCAUAUUAAAUUCUGAUUUCAAUUUAGAAAAUAACAUCUUUCCAUUAUGAUAUUGACAAGAAAAUGUAUUUAUAUAUGUACAGUAUAUUUUGUCUAAAGCAUAUCCAAAAUCAAACACAUGUGGUGACAAUUGUUUUAAUAUAUAAUGUGACUUAUAUGUCACCAAACAACUUUGCUUUGUCUCACAAUUUUGUAGAAAGUCACAAUUUAAUGAAAAGCGCAGUGUUUUGUGUGUCUGUGUGUGGGUGUGAAAGUGAUUACAUGUGUAUAUGUGUAAUAUGAUUUGUUUUGUCAUAUUAUUGUACAUUAUUUAUAAAACAUUUUGUACAGAUA